UAAGGGCAAACAAUCUGGGGUCCCAGUUCAUUGGGGUAUCAUCCAAAGGCGAGAAUCUCUAAUAGUCAAAACAAAUAUACAAGGUGACAAAUACUGUUCCUCCUCCAAGGGCAUCUAAGGCCUUGAAUAAAGGAAGACAGGAGGAACUUGAACUGGAAUUUCAGCCUCCUGGCUUUACCUCAAUGCUGAUAAGCCUGUGAGGUGCAGCCAGGAGGCAUUCUGGAAGAUUAUCAGCCACCAUUUAUAGAGCAUCCCUUAUGGGCCAAGAGCCUCUCUACAAUUAACUCAUCCUAAUUCUCUGAGGUAAGUGCCACCAAAGGCCACUUUACCCCUUCACAAAUUGAGACACAGAGAUUUCGUUCACCUAAGACCGCAGGGCUCUCUUCAUCCCAUUUCAUGCCCCAAGCCAUGGCUCUAACUUCACAUGGCAGACAGCCAUUUGAAGACUCCAGGUGUCUGUCCCGCUCCCCCUGGGGCUAACCAGAACUGGUCAAAAGCCAAACUAAGUUCUGUGUUCCACUCUCGUGACCCCAGGCAAGUCUUCUCCUGGCCUUUGUCUACACUAGCCGAGCUGCCAGUGACCAUGCUUUCACACUUGGUAACGCUGAGGGCAGUGAUAACUAGUCAACUGCCGGUCCCUGACUACUUCCUGUGUGCUGGGCCAGUGCUAGGACCGUGCGCAUGUAUUUGAGAGCAAUGCAUCCCGGAUCCGAGCCUUCUGCUUCCUUCCAGAACCAUGCCCUUCCCUGACCCAGUAAGUCAAGAGAGAAGUCCAGGGAUGGAGACUGAAAGACCCCAGGAAGAAGAGGAUGGUGAACACCAGGGUCCCCCGCAAGAUGAUCAGGGCUGGCCCCCUGUGAACUCCACCACUCGGCCUUGGCGAUCUGCUCCUCCCUCCCCUCCUCCUCCAGGAACCCGCCACACAGCCCUGGGGCCCCGUUCGGGCUCCCUGCUCUCCCUGCAGACCGAGCUCCUUCUGGACCUGGUGGCUGAGGCCCAGUCUCGCCGCCUAGAGGAACAGAGGGCCACCUUCCAUCCCCCCAAAGUGCCCCCAAGCCUAGCCCCAACCCCGCCUCGGCUUCUUGAGGACAAAGAACAGCUCUACAGCACCAUCCUUAGUCACCAGUGCCAGCGGAUGGAAACCCAGCGGUCAGAGCCGCCCCUUCCCCCCGGGGGACAGGAGCUCCUGGAGCUGCUGCUCAAAGUUCAGGGUGGAGGUCGAAUGGAGGAGCAAAGAUCUCGGCCCCCUACACACACCUGCUGAGACCUGAGCUCCCAAACAGCCCCUUCUCGCUGGGACUCAAAGCUGGGCCACCCCACAUGCCGGUUCGGCAGGGGGUACCAGAGACUGAAGACCCGGCUGAAAUGGCAGUAUUUACCACCCACUUUCCCAGGGAACUGGACUUGGGACAAGUACUCUAACCUUGAGAAUAAGCAAGGUAGGGUGGACAUAACUCCUUAAGACAGUUAAGAGUAUCUAUCCUGAGCUGUCAAGCUACUAAACAGGGUGUGAGGGCUGAGGCCUGCCCCUUCCUGCCUAGAAAGGAAAAAAAAAGGCAAAGAUUAAGACAAUUGUCCAGCACUA